AGGAAUGAACUCUCGCAAUUCGCCUAUCAAGUCUUUGUGGUGGUAGUAAAAGCGUAUCGCUAGGAUAAAUGCUCGGUCUGGUGUCGUUAAAUCUAUUUGUACUUCAAGUCUGCUUUAUAGGCGUUUGCUCUUAGAUUAUUGGUCGUAUAAAGGAAAAGUCUAUCUGGUUGGAAACAAGCAUCGGGAUUUGCGAAUCGAAGGACUCUGUUGAGGUUACCUAGCGUCAUAUUGGUAGCAAUCUCAACGCAAUUUCGGCAGGUAAAUGGUUUUCUUCAGUCCUACCAAGCUUGUUAAUAUGCAAGCCUUUCAUUCAAGAAAAGGAUGACACCAAAGAGGCUAAACGACGUUUUCCCGAAGGAGACAGUGGUUAAACAUGGCUACAUUUGCUUUGAAAGUAUCCGUAGAUGGGGUUAGAUAUGCUAUACAAGGCGUGAGCAAAGAAACCUCUAGGAAGGAGAUAUUGUGCACAGUCGCCAAGUUUAAGACAGCCGACCAGCUAGCAGAUCUUCAAGUGGCCUUGGCCAAGUUAGACAGCACUAUAACAUUGGUGAAGUUCCAGAAGGCAAAGGAAAACACACGCGAGGAGAAACGUGGCUACACGAAAAGGUCAAAAAAGGCAACCGCAUCAUCCCAGCAAAUAUCUACCAGUGAAUAUGACCAACCAACUCACCUUUGUAGGAGAACAACAGCAUGUAGUCAAUCGUUUAACGAUAAAAUCAGUAAAUCGAAAAAGCAAACAAAAAUCGAAAGACCACGAUCAUUCGCCGCAUUUGACGCAGACAAAAAAAUAACGUGGAAUGAAUUAAAAAAAUAUUUGAGUGUUCCAUUUGAGGAAAAAAGUCCUAAAUCAGAAAACUUCGAUGAAAGAGGAGCUCGUGAUGAUUCAGACUUAGAAGUAGCCAAGGCGAGUAGCAGGAAAUUGAGGAAUCUAAGAAAGAAAAUUGUUUUAGACGAUGCAGACGGGACAUCAGUGUUUACAAUUAAGAGAAAGGCUGAGAAAGAAAGCCGGAAGAUUCGGAAUAAACUGAAAAAUGAUAAAUUGCAAAAUCGGUUUGCCAUCAUGAAAGAAAAUCUAACAACUUAUUUUAUUGACAAUCAAAAUUUGAUUGAAGCAAAAAUUUGCAAGAAUAGGGACUUCAAUAACAAUUUAAAUGCUGAAGUAGCAAAUCAGCAAGACUGUUGUGAAGUAAGUGGGGGGAAGCAGGCUGACGAAGAUUUUGCAGAAGGAGAGACGGACAGCGGCUUACCGUCCAUAGACUGCGAAACAUCUUCCCUGGACACAAUAUCACGGGACGAGUUAGUUAGUCUCGAGCAAAAUGAAACGGAUAGAAAUCAAAGCGAGCAGCAGGAUGAUUCAGGUUUUGACUGUAACAGCAUCAAUGACGUGAUAGCCAGGCCGAACUUUUGUAGCUGCACUACGUUGCAAGAUGCAGACAAUUCGUCGAAUGUGAGCGGAAGCAGAUUACGAGAAGAAGAGAAGGAAGAAGUCAGUGCGAGUAGCCUUAAGCAAGAGGAUGAUGCUGAAGAUCCUCUCGAUGACAUGGGACAAUACUUUAUUGAAAGAAUUUUGUUAAUGCUCGAUCAAAUUUCGAAAAUAGAUGAAGAGCUAUUACACAAAGAGCUUCUUAUUUCACAACUUGAAUUUCAAACUCGCAUUGUCUCUGAAGACUUUGACCAAGCUGAAGAUUAUGAAUUUGAAAGCGACGAAGAGAAAUUGAUAACCGACCUUGAGGAAACUGAAAAAUUUUUGACUGCUAUCACAAACUUGCAUUAUUACCAAAAUGCAGCUGAAAGAGAAAUGAUCUCGGAACUAUCGAGUUUAGAGGCAGCCAUAAAAGAGAAGAAGCUGAAAUUGCAGUCUUUGGAAAAAAGACUGUUGCGGCGCGAACUGAAAUGGUUUCCAAAGCAUUUGAAUGUUUCUGAUGAAAAACGUCGCAUUAUUACAAACAUGUAUCUGAAGGAGGAAGUCAUAGAAACUUGCAAUAUGGUUGGCGAUCAGGCUAUCAGUCUAGUUUGAUAAUCUUGUAAUUUAUUAUCAGAAUCUUCUAUUUACGCAAGCAACACAAGUAUUAACACUUUAUCAAUUGUCUUUAUCACAUGUAAAUAUUAUUUUUGAUAGAAAUUUUAAUAAAAACAAAGGUAUUCCAUAAUCUAACGAAUGCAAACGUUGUGCUGUAUAAAGGUUUUUAACAUUUAUUUAAUCGUAAAAUGCUCAUCUUUUGUUGAAAUGUUCAAAUUCUAGCCACUCUAGGCCAAGUCUGGUCUUUCUUGCUGUGUUGUUAUUCAAGAGGAGCUUUUGCUGGCUUUUUCAGUUUUGAUCCAAAUUCAAUGAAUAAUAAUAAUAAUGAGAAUAGUAUGUUCCCGUCUCAAUCAAAAUCAAACACGCCAAUUGCUGAAAUUUCAGGCAAUGUUACCCUUCGACUCAGUGAAAUAAAACAAAUCAAUUUUGGCUGAAAUUCAAUUGAGACGUUCUAUCAGGUCAGACGUUCUAUCAUGACACAGCGUUACCUUUUCAAUAUUCUUGGAAUAAAGAAGUAUUUGUAACUGUGAGUCGUGAAGUCAUAGAAAUUUCCAUUCAGUUCAGACGCACGAGUGAUUUCUCUGUCCAAUAAUUCUAACGGCAUUUAAUGAAAUCUCACUUUAAUGCAAGUGCAAUAAAUUCUACUUUCUUAUGCAAAAAUAUUAAUGUAUAAUACUUUUGCUGCUGAGAGAAAAGAUCGAAC